AUGGUCUUGACUUACCACACCCACUGCAAUGCAGACAUACUUGCAAAGUCCAACAGUGGCGUCAAGGAGUCCCUCAGGGAUGAUGGAGCCCAUGGGGCCAACGAGCCGCACCUCUCCCCCGUUCCCGGCGAGGUGCUCGCUCUCAUCCUCGAACAAGUCCCUCACGGCAGCUCGCUCAUCAACUGCUUGACUGUCAACUCGUUCUUCCACGAUGUCACCGAAAAGAUCCUCUACCGAUCCAUUCGCAUCACAUACCGAGGCAACCCGUUGGAUGUCAUGCCCAUCCUGCCUACCAACAUGACAAAGCGCGACACCUAUGUCCGUAAAGUGAACAUCAUGGGACACUAUGACCUUGACAUGCCGUACCGCUUCGGCACCGACUGUCCCCUCCCUCCGCUCCCGUAUCUGGACACGAUGCGUGUGUUCUGGUACCCGAGCAUGCGUCUCCGUGACCGCCCACUGCAGUUGUGCUCGGCGGUCCGUACCCUCAAGCCCAAGAACCUGGUGAUCCGCAACGCGUCCAUCAUCACGGCGCGCUCCGUCCUGGAUAACCAGUCCAACAAGGGUGCCGAGAAGCUGUUCAGCUGCACCAUUCUGGACAGUGUGGAGCGCUACGUCUGCGUCGUCGACCCGGACGCUCCCAGCCUCGACCGUCCCAACAAUGCGUUUGCCGAGGACUUGGCCGGCGGCAUUCGAUGGCUGGCGAGCGUCCCCAGCCACCCGCGCUCCGUCACGAUCAUCUUCCGCACACCGGACCCGGCGGCGCGCUGGCCGUCGCAGCCCAACCCCGUCAACCUCGUCGCUCCGGACCCGACAGUCAGUGGCUGGCUCUGGGUGGUCUUCCGCUCGCUCGCCGACUGGGUUGCGGCCGCCAAGGGCACGUCGCGCAUCAAGUUUGUAAACGCUGGUGCAGUGCGUCGCUCUCCCAACGACAUGGCCGAGGUUCAGCGCAUGUGCGAGGACAUUGUCCGUUCCCGUCUCCUGGAAAUCGAGGCAGACGACGCCGACGCAAAGGGCCGCCAGAGCGCCGUGGAGUUCCUAACUAUGCGGGAGUACCUCUCCACUGAGGAUUGGACCGGUGUCUUUGACCCGGAGGAGGUUGCCGCUUGGAUGCGUCCCGACUCGCCUCUCUGA